CGGCAUGAGCCGGCCCCCGCCGACGGGGAAGAUGCCCGGCGCCCCCGAGGCCGUGUCGGGGGACGGCGCGGGCGUGAGCCGCCAGAGGAAGCUGGAGGCGCUCAUCCGAGACCCUCGGUCGCCCAUCAACGUGGAGAGCUUGCUGGAUGGCUUAAAUUCCUUGGUCCUUGAUUUGGAUUUCCCUGCUUUGAGGAAAAACAAAAAUAUAGAUAAUUUCUUAAAUAGAUAUGAGAAAAUUGUGAAAAAGAUCAGAGGUCUACAGAUGAAGGCAGAAGACUAUGAUGUUGUAAAAGUUAUUGGAAGAGGUGCUUUUGGUGAAGUCCAGCUGGUUCGUCAUAAGGCAUCACAGAAAGUUUAUGCUAUGAAGCUUCUUAGUAAGUUUGAAAUGAUAAAAAGGUCAGAUUCUGCUUUUUUCUGGGAGGAACGAGAUAUUAUGGCCUUUGCCAACAGUCCCUGGGUGGUUCAGCUCUUUUGUGCCUUUCAAGAUGAUAAGUAUCUGUACAUGGUAAUGGAGUACAUGCCUGGUGGAGACCUUGUAAACCUUAUGAGUAACUAUGAUGUACCUGAAAAAUGGGCCAAAUUUUAUACUGCUGAAGUUGUUCUUGCUUUGGAUGCCAUACACUCCAUGGGUUUAAUUCACAGAGAUGUGAAGCCUGACAACAUGCUCUUGGAUAAACAUGGACAUCUAAAAUUAGCAGAUUUUGGCACAUGUAUGAAGAUGGAUGAAACAGGCAUGGUGCAUUGUGAUACAGCAGUUGGAACACCUGAUUAUAUAUCACCUGAGGUCCUGAAAUCACAAGGGGGUGAUGGUUACUAUGGGCGAGAAUGUGAUUGGUGGUCUGUGGGUGUUUUCCUUUUUGAGAUGCUGGUGGGGGAUACUCCAUUUUAUGCAGAUUCACUGGUAGGAACAUAUAGCAAAAUUAUGGAUCAUAAAAACUCACUAUGUUUCCCUGAAGAUGCAGAAAUUUCUAAACAUGCGAAGAAUCUCAUCUGUGCCUUCUUAACAGAUAGGGAGGUACGACUUGGAAGAAAUGGGGUAGAAGAAAUCAAACAACAUCCUUUCUUUAAGAAUGAUCAAUGGAAUUGGGAUAACAUAAGAGAGACGGCAGCUCCUGUGGUACCUGAACUCAGCAGUGACAUAGAUAGCAGCAAUUUUGAUGACAUUGAAGAUGAUAAAGGAGAUGUAGAAACCUUCCCAAUUCCUAAAGCUUUUGUGGGAAAUCAGCUGCCUUUUAUAGGAUUUACCUACUAUAGAGAAAAUUUGUUAUUAAGUGACUCUCCAUCUUGUAAAGAAAAUGAUUCGAUACAAUCAAGGAAAAACGAAGAGAGUCAAGAGAUUCAGAAAAAACUAUACACAUUAGAAGAACACCUUAGCAGUGAGAUACAAGCCAAAGAGGAACUAGAGCAGAAGUGCAAAUCUGUUAAUACUCGCCUAGAGAAAGUAGCAAAGGAGCUAGAAGAAGAGAUUACCUUAAGGAAAAAUGUGGAAUCAGCAUUAAGACAAUUAGAAAGAGAAAAGGCGCUUCUUCAGCACAAAAAUGCAGAAUAUCAGCGGAAAGCUGAUCAAGAAGCAGACAAGAAGCGAAAUUUGGAGAAUGAUGUUAACAGUUUAAAAGAUCAACUUGAAGAUUUGAAAAAAAGAAAUCAGAACUCUCAAAUAUCCACUGAGAAAGUGAAUCAACUCCAGAGACAACUGGAUGAAACCAAUGCUUUGCUGCGAACAGAAUCUGAUACUGCAGCCCGGUUAAGGAAAACCCAGGCAGAAAGUUCAAAACAGAUUCAACAGCUGGAAUCUAACAAUAGAGAUCUGCAAGAUAAAAAUUGCCUGCUGGAGACUGCCAAGUUAAAACUUGAAAAGGAAUUUAUCAAUCUUCAGUCAGUUCUAGAAUCUGAAAGGAGGGACCGAACCCAUGGAUCAGAGAUUAUUAAUGAUUUACAAGGUAGAAUAUCUGGCCUAGAAGAAGAUUUAAAGAAUGGCAAAAUCUUAUUAGCAAAAGUAGAGAUUGAGAAGAGACAACUACAGGAGAGAUUUACUGAUUUGGAAAAGGAGAAGAACAACAUGGAAAUAGAUAUGACAUACCAACUAAAAGUUAUACAGCAGAGCCUAGAACAAGAAGAGGCUGAACAUAAGGCUACAAAAGCACGGCUGGCAGAUAAAAAUAAGAUUUAUGAAUCCAUUGAAGAAGCUAAAUCAGAAGCCAUGAAAGAAAUGGAGAAAAAGCUCUUGGAGGAAAGAACUUUAAAACAGAAAGUAGAGAACUUGUUGCUGGAGGCUGAGAAAAGAUGCUCUAUAUUGGACUGUGACCUCAAACAGUCACAGCAGAAAAUAAACGAACUCCUCAAACAGAAAGAUGUGCUAAAUGAGGAUGUUAGAAACUUGACAUUAAAAAUAGAGCAGGAAACUCAGAAGCGCUGCCUUACACAAAAUGACUUGAAGAUGCAAACACAGCAAGUUAACACACUAAAAAUGUCAGAAAAGCAGUUGAAACAAGAGAAUAAUCAUCUCCUAGAAAUGAAAAUGAGCUUGGAAAAACAGAAUGCUGAACUUCGAAAAGAACGUCAAGAUGCAGAUGGGCAAAUGAAAGAGCUCCAAGAUCAGCUUGAGGCAGAGCAGUAUUUCUCAACCCUCUAUAAAACACAGGUUAGGGAACUUAAAGAAGAAUGUGAAGAAAAGACCAAACUUUGUAAAGAAUUACAGCAGAAGAAACAGGAAUUACAGGAUGAAAGGGACUCCUUGGCUGCUCAACUGGAGAUUACCUUAACCAAAGCAGAUUCUGAGCAACUGGCUCGCUCAAUUGCUGAAGAACAAUAUUCUGAUUUGGAAAAAGAGAAAAUCAUGAAAGAGCUGGAGAUCAAAGAGAUGAUGGCUAGACACAAACAGGAACUCACUGAAAAAGAUGCUACAAUUGCGUCUCUCGAAGAAACUAAUAGGACACUGACUAGUGAUGUUGCCAAUCUUGCAAAUGAGAAAGAAGAAUUAAAUAAUAAAUGGAAAGAUGCCCAAGAGCAACUUUCACGGUUGAAGGAUGAAGAGAUAAGUGCUGCAGCUAUUAAAGCACAGUUUGAGAAGCAACUGUUAACAGAGAGAACACUCAAAACUCAAGCUGUGAAUAAGUUGGCCGAGAUCAUGAAUCGGAAAGAACCUGUCAAGCGUGGUAGUGACACAGAUGUGCGGAGAAAAGAAAAGGAGAAUAGAAAGCUACAUAUGGAGCUUAAAUCUGAACGUGAAAAACUGACUCAGCAGAUGAUCAAGUAUCAGAAAGAACUGAAUGAAAUGCAGGCUCAAAUAGCUGAAGAGAGUCAGAUUCGAAUUGAACUACAGAUGACACUGGACAGUAAAGACAGUGACAUUGAGCAGUUGCGGUCCCAGCUCCAGGCCUUGCAUAUUGGUCUGGAUAGUUCCAGUAUAGGCAGUGGACCAGGGGAUGCUGAAGCAGAUGAUGGGUUUCCAGAAUCAAGACUAGAAGGAUGGCUUUCAUUGCCUGUGCGAAACAACACUAAGAAGUUUGGAUGGGUUAAAAAGUAUGUGAUUGUAAGUAGUAAGAAGAUCCUUUUCUAUGACAGUGAACAGGAUAAAGAACAAUCUAAUCCUUACAUGGUUUUAGAUAUAGAUAAGUUAUUUCAUGUCCGACCAGUUACACAGACAGAUGUAUAUAGAGCAGAUGCUAAAGAAAUUCCAAGGAUAUUCCAGAUCCUGUAUGCCAAUGAAGGGGAAAGUAAGAAGGAACAAGAAUUUCCAGUGGAGCCGGUGGGAGAAAAAUCAAAUUAUAUUUGCCACAAGGGACAUGAAUUUAUUCCUACUCUGUAUCAUUUCCCAACCAAUUGUGAGGCAUGUAUGAAGCCAUUGUGGCAUAUGUUUAAACCUCCUCCUGCUUUAGAGUGCCGUCGCUGUCACAUUAAGUGUCAUAAAGAUCACAUGGAUAAAAAGGAGGAAAUUAUAGCACCUUGCAAAGUGUAUUAUGAUAUUUCAUCGGCAAAGAAUCUAUUGUUAUUAGCAAAUUCUACAGAAGAGCAGCAGAAGUGGGUUAGUCGGUUAGUGAAAAAGAUACCUAAAAAGCCUCCAGCUCCAGACCCUUUUGCACGGUCAUCUCCUAGAACUUCAAUGAAAAUACAACAAAACCAGUCUAUUAGGCGGCCAAGUCGACAGCUUGCCCCAAACAAACCAAGCUAACUGCCUUCUAUGAAUGCAGUCAUUAUUCAAGGUGAUCAUAUUCUUACAGUUGAAACAAGACUGAAAUAUGAUGGCCCAAAAUUUAUUAAAAAGCUAUAUUUUCCUGAGAGACCGAUACACACAUAUAUGUUCCCUUUAUUCCUGCAAUAUAAAUUCUAAAUGUUGGAUAGAUUUUUCUGGGCUCCUUUGGAGCAACAAGUUGAACCAACAGUGAUUGGUUAAUAGAGUAAGAAUAUCAUGUGCAACUCUUCCAAACUUGUUCCAUAAAGCUCUCUUAGCAUCACUCACACUACAUUGAAUAAAAGGAUGGAGAAGAGUUAAAGAAACCAUCUUUUCAGCUUCAGCAGAGAGAUUUCACCAGCACAUUUGCCAGAAGAAUCUGGGAAUGGAUUCCACUACAGUGAUAUAGACUGCAUCUUUAAGAAGUGACCAUUAUACUGUGUGUGUGUGUGUGUGUAUGUAUGUAUGUAUAUAUACACAUGCGCGCGUGCACACACACACACACAUCUAUAUAGUACUGUAAUACUGCAAGAGGGUUUUUUUAACUUCCCACUUUAUUUUUUUAUAAACAUUAAUCAGAUAUCAUUACUUACUGCAGUUGCAACUAUGCAUUUGUAUAAAGCCAUAAUGUUGGAGUUUAUAUCACUCAUUUGUGUGUACCUGAUGGAAACUGCAUGUUCAUGUUUAAGCAAUUACUGUAACAAGUUUGAAGUUAAUUAUAUCAGUUUCCUAAUGCUUCAUAAUAGGCAACUUUACCCAUUUUGAAUGCCUUAAUUUAAUUUUUUUCAAAAUCUCCACCCUUUUCUGUAUUUAAAAAAAAAAAAAACAAAAACAAGUGUUUA